GGGCGGCCUGGUAACCGCAACCCGCAGCCUUGCAAGCCUCUGAGCCAUGGCGUGCGCUGGGCUGCUCACUAUGUGCCUGCUUGGGCCACCUGCGCCCCAGCCGACGCGACACUCUGCGCCUGCCGCGGGACACGCGCUUUUUCAGGACGUUUUCCGAAGAGCAGACAAGAAUGAUGAUGGUAAGCUCUCGUUUGAAGAAUUCCAGAAUUACUUUGCCGAUGGGGUUCUCAGCUCUGCAGAGCUGCGGGAACUGUUCAGCGGCAUCGAUGAGCAGCUCACUGACAAUUUAGAAACAGAGAAACUGUGUGACUAUUUCUCCACACACCUGGGUGUCUAUCGGCCUGUGCUGGCUGCGCUGGAGUCUCUGAACCGCGCGGUGCUCACUGCCAUGGACACGACAAAGCUGGAGUAUGAACAGGCCUCCAAGGUGGACCAGUUUGUCACACGAUUCCUGCUGCGGGAGACUGCGAAUCAGCUACAAGCCCUACAGACCUCCCUGGAGGGGGCAUCAGACACUCUGGAGGCCCAGGCCCGUGGCCAGCGGUUGGAUGAAGAAAAUAUCAAAGUGCAGAGUAGGUCCUGUGGCAGCCGGAGGGCAGGACGCAGAGCCCUGAGGAGCAUCAGUUGGUCACCAACCUGGUCUCCUGGAUCCUCUGAUACAGGGCGGAGUUCAGAGGCUGAGCUGCAGUGGCGGCUGCAGGUCAACCGCCUCCAAGAGCUCAUAGACCAGCUUGAGUGCAAGGUAAGGGGCUGGGUGGCCAGUGCCCCUCAGAAGGGCUCCUGUCGCACCUGCCCGAGUCGAUACACAGGCUCCGUCUAUAUUCUGUGUCUCUUGCAGGCACCACGGUUGGAACCCAUGCAUGAAGGGAACCUUGCCAAGGGUCUUGACUCACACAUCCUUGUAGCACAGAGGCAAGUACAAGUGGCAGAGGAUGCCCUGCAGGAUUUCCAUCGCGCUCUGUGCUGCUACAUGAACUUCACAGGAGCCCAAAGUCACUGUCUGCAUGUAUCUGCCCAGAAGAUGCUAGACAAUGCUGCUUUCACCCUAUAUGAGUUCUGGCAGGAUGAGGCCUCCUGGAGAAGGCACCAGCAGUCACCCUGCAGCAAGGCUUUCCAGCGCACCCUCAUUGAUCACCUGCAGGCGCCGGACACUCUCACCACUGUGUUCUUCCCAGGUGCGCUGUAUUCCUGUGCUUCAAAUAGUUCUGGGACCCAGGAGGAGAGCCCCAAUAUCUCCUGACGCCCCAACUUCUCAUCCACAGCCUCCUGGUGGAUUAUGAAUAAUAACUGAGUCGCUGGUGACUACAGCCCUGCUUAUUACUCUAGAGCCCGUUGCACUGGUCAACUCUACACUAAGAUCAAGGAGUCUGCCUGUUCCCAGGCUAAAGGCCUGGUCAGCUGGUAGAGGGUCUCUCAGCCCAGGAAUCAGGAGCCAGGCCAUUUGCUUGCUUUAUAUAUUUUACUGUUUGUAACUUUCAAGCACCUGGGCUUCUGCCUGAUUCAGGAAACCCAGAUUCUGGUCUCCCUUUCCUCUACCUUGCUGUGUGACCCAGGCAGAUCCCUCACCUCUCUGGCUGCCUAGGGGAGUUCUUCUUUCUGCUUACUGCUUUGGGGUUAUGUUUCUGUUCUUCCUCAAUCAGUGGCAGAACCAGGGCUGAUGCUCAGGGACCCCCCUCAAACCCUGGAACCUUGACCCUUAAGGCCAUGCCAACACAGUGCAUAGUGUAGAGACCUGGGUGUCUAUCACCCUGGGGUCAGUCCUAACAUUUCUAGCAUUAGUAGUUGUACCAGAGACCUCUGGAAGAUCCUGGGUUGGUUUGCAUGUCAUUUACAUAUCAUUUGCAUGCUCUUACCCCACCCAUUCUCAGGGCACUAUGGGAAGCCCCAAGAUGACCUUGCAAAGUAGCAAUAAUUUGGGCCUAGAGUUGCCUGCUGCCCCCCAGAGAUCUCUGAACCCCAGCCUGGGUCUUCAGCACAGAGGCAAUAAAGUUGGUAGUCACCUGUG